AUGGGUAACUGUUUUUCAACUAGUCAGAGGCGCUGUGGUCUUUGCUAUUUUGAUCUCGAUGAAGAAUCAGCAUCUUUGAAGGAACCAUUUGUUCAAAGGAGUUACACUUGGCGCGAAUCAUCCCACAUUCACGAUGAGGAGCGAACAGAAUCUGUCGACGAGCAAUUGCCGUCUCCCCUUCCUGAAGCCUGGCGCGAGUACCUUAGAAUCGAAAUCCGCACAAAACUUGAGGUAUUCCGCACAUCGCGCGAGCGGGGUUGUCGCGGCUGCGAUGCUAUUAUAAAAGCAAUAGCAUCGGCGUGCCAAGAUGAUGAUGUGGUUUUGGACGAUAAAUCGUGGACGGAAGACGUGCACGUAACUUGGACAAUGCCUUCAGGGCGGGAUAAGGGCAUGAGCAAUCUUAAGUUGGAAGUUACUGUGAAUGUUAGCAGUCGAGAAGCCGAGGGUCAUGGUACAGAGGAUUACCGUCUAUGGAUCAUCCUAGUCGACAUUGACAGAAUGAAUGGGCAUGAGAAGGAAGAAAGCGAUCAUGUAUUCGCGUAUAGAUCUUCAGUUUUGUUUAACAACACUGGAGCAGAAACGUCUUUGAACAGAAUCAGCAAUUGGCUCGAUAAGUGCAGCUCAUUGCAUGACUCUUGCAAAUCUGCAUCGGUCGCACAACUGCCCAAACGAGUACUAGAAAUGAUGCCAGGGCCACAAAAUAACAUCAAUGUUCGCUUGGUUGAGGAUUUGGGUGGGUGCGAGAGAUAUGUAUGUCUUAGCCAUCGAUGGGGAGCAUCAACACAUUUAUGCCAGACGACGAUUGAGAGCCUGCCUGCGCACCUUGAGACAAUUCCCUGGGAUCGCUUACCCAAGACUUUCCAAGAUGCCGCUAAAGUCUCCGUAUGGCUUGGAAUCAAAUACUUAUGGAUUGAUUCGCUCUGCAUCAUUCAAGACAGCAGCGAUGAUUGGAAGGUUCAGGCAGCUCAAAUGUGCGAGAUUUACUCUGGGGCGUAUGUCACCCUUGCAGCGGCAUGGUCUGCUGAUAGCGAUGUUGGUCUGUUUCGCGAAAGUGCUUCUUUCAAAGUCCAACCUGCUACGCAUCUCGGGCCCCAAGCCGCAUCUUACCUCGUUCGCAGAGUCCCAGAACACACUACUUGGGACGUUGCUGGUGUGCUACAGAUGACACCAGAGUUGCCUCUUCUCAGCAGAGCGUGGGUCUAUCAGGAGCGUCUUUUGUCUCCAAGAAUCGUCUAUUUCACACGAUAUGAACUCGCAUUUGAAUGCGCAGGUGGCAAGAGGGACAAAACCUGCGAGUGCGAACAUAUUCCCGGAGGAAUAUGGGGAGGCGGCAGUAAUGGCGCAGGUGGUGGAAGCGGCGAGUAUACCAAUGAGCGCAAGCUGAAAUACUGGCACCAGAUUGUGGAAGAAUAUUCUGGACUGCGCAUCUCGUUUACAUCAGAUCGUCUUCCUGCUCUGUCUGGUGUCGCGCGACAGUACGGAACAGCCCACUCAGCUGAUCUUGGCCGAUAUGUCGCAGGAAUGUGGGAGAACUGUUUCCCUUCUGAGCUGCUAUGGUACUGUGCCUCUGCCUCUCGGAAAAUUCACGAUCGCCCAGAUUCUUAUUGCGGCCCAACAUGGUCUUGGAUUUCUACUGGAAAUAUUGCUAGCUACGCGACGGCUUGCCCCAGAACGUACCCGGACGAUCUGGAGAUUAUCAUCGAGGUGCAUAACGCCCAUUCAGACACAACGAGUAUACACUUCAAGGGCAUGAGCGGGAACUCUCUAACUUUUUAUUACGAUUAUCCUCUGGAUCAACCAGGUCCUGGACAUAUUCCAUUCGGAAGUCCGAUAUACUUGAAUGCUGGGGAGAAUGCUUACAAGAGGAUUGGUCUCGCAACGAAUGUCAGUAGAUCCGAUCUUGAUAGCUGGUUCGUUGACUUUGGAAAUAAGCAAACAUUCAAGCUUUUGUAA